CAGCAGACUCCUGUGAAGAUGCGCCUCCUGUGACUCAUAAAGCUGUGAUUUGCACUCUUUCACUAAAGUUCUGAAUCUUUCUUUCAGCAGCGCCGACAGGAAGUGAGCCGCCAUAUGUGCCACAGAGAACAUCUGCAUCCCUCCAGAUGGAGACUCUGCAUCAUGCACCUUCUUCUCAUUCACUUCUAUUUAUCUCCUCAUUUCCCUGAGCAGUCUCAUGACGUCCAUGGCCCCUCCCUGCGCAUAAUUCCGUCUCUCCGUUCUCUCCAGCUGAUCCUUUCUCUGCUAAACACACGUCCGGGUUUACGCACACAUGUGCUUUACACACACACACACACACACACACACACACGUGGAUCACGUCAAGCUUUUAGCCAAGCCUUCUCCGCUCUUACGCGCAGACACACCCUCACACGCGUCGCUCGCCCCCACACCUCCCCUCCAGUCUCGCAGUCAGUGUGCGGCGGCAGCAGCGGAGGGUGGAGGACGCGCUGAACGCAGUCACGGAGGCUUCUGGCGCACAGCCGAGCCGUCAUGAGCCGCUCAGCGGAAGUGGACGCCGCUGCGGAGGAGGAGGGGGCUGAAUAGACCGUGUUCUGAUUAAAUGUCUCACGCUCUCCGUGUGCAUCAUGCUGUAUUUCCAGCUGGUGAUCAUGGCCGGGACCGUCAUGUUGGCCUACUACUUCGAAUACACCGACACCUUCACCGUGCACGUGCAGGGCUUCUUCUGCUACGACACCACGUACACCAAACCGUACCUGGGGCCGGAGGACAGCAGCGCCGUCCCACCCGUGCUGCUGUACGCCGCGGUGGCCGGCCUGCCCACGCUGCUGAUCACAGUGACAGAGACUGUGCUGUUUCUGGUCCAGUACACGUCCAAGGAGUUUGACCGUUUAGAGAAGACGGUGGCCACCGGAGACUGCUGUUACCUCAACCCGCUGGUACGCAGGACAUUCCGCUUCCUCGGAGUCUACACCUUUGGCCUCUUCACUGUUGACAUCUUUGUCAACGCAGGGCAGGUAGUGACAGGAAACCUGGCACCAUACUUCCUGACUGUCUGUAAGCCAAACUACACAGCACUGGGUUGCCAGCAGGCCCUGCGCUACAUCAGCCACCAGGAGGCCUGCACAGGAAACCAGGACGACAUCCUACGUGCCCGCAAGACUUUCCCGUCCAAAGAGGCUGCGCUUAGCGUCUAUGCUGCACUCUACCUAGCUAUGUAUGUGACGUGUACCGUGCAGGCAAAAGGCACUCGUCUGGCUAAGCCAGUGUUGUCUCUCGGGCUAAUGUGUCUGGCCUUCCUCACUGGUUUGAACCGUGUGGCUGAAUACCGCAACCACUGGUCAGAUGUCAUCGCUGGCUUUAUCAUUGGCACUGCCAUUGCCACUUUCCUGGUGGUGUGUGUGGUCCAUAACUUCAAAGGGAAGUUACUACUGAGCGAGGAGUCACUAGUGGAGCAGCGGCCCAAUAUAGCCAUGUUAAACAUAGGCCAAGGGGAGAGUCCGCUGGAGAAGUACAUCACCUCACAGGAGACGGAUGAUGAGGAUGAAGGCUCUUGCAACAUUAAGGAGUGCCUCGAGGCCUUCCUGCGCUGGCUGCGAGGUCUCAGCUGGUUCAAGUGGCUCAGCAACAAAAGGCAAAUAAAUUACUCUGUGAAGUGAUGUGAGCUCUGCCAGAUUCAAUGUCACACUUCCUUCUGUUCUUUCUUUGGCUAAUAUUUUGCUGUAGCUAUCGUUCAGUCUGAGUGCUUUCUGUUUUACACCUACAAUAAAAGAACCUACUUUUGGCUGCCCCCUGUCACAAGGGGUCA